GUUCCUCCGUUCCACCCUACGCGCAGUUCUGUUUAAUGGCACCGCGCGUUCGUUAAGAGCGAUCUCGUCCCGAGACCGCGGUCCUACGUGCCUACGUUUCGUUGCCGGGUGCGAUCGCGCGGGCGAGAAUCCGCAUGACAGAGGUUCUGAAAGGUGGAUAGACGAAGAGAGAGAGAGAGAGAGAGAGAGAGAGAGAGAGAGAGAGAUCAGUGAGGCAGAAUCGUCUCCGCGCGAUUCGUAACGCUGCGCGCGCGCGCUUGCGUGUACGCGCGAGAAACGAAAAGUGAGGUUAUGUAAUUGUUUGUGUUGCGAUCGUAUGUACGCGCGCUGCUCGACGCCGACGCUGCCGCGGCGCACUAUGUGAUUCAUCGGCGGGGUGUUGCGUUGGAUUUCGGGUCGAGGAGUCUCGAAGAGCCUCGGGCAGUGUCGCCGCGGUGAACGAACAGAUGAAUCGCGGAACGUUUUCCGCGAAUGUGCGCGUUCGCGGCGAUUCUCGCUCCGGAACGUCGGAGCGAAUCGGAGCGACCUCGUUCAUGAGAUAACGGCGCGUUUCGGAGUCGUCAAUUGACAGUGCGAAACGGAGGAAAGAUGGAGCGUGAAGAAGAUAAAUAAGCAGAUACAAGAUAAUUAUGAUUCAUUUGUUUUGACAUAUUCCUCUUUGAGCACUGAGACAUAUCGAGUACAAGGUGCUAGAACAUUGAUUGUGUAAAAGUACAAAAUUGAGAAGAUAGAACAGAGCUUCCUACACGCCGUGUAGGAAGAUUUCGUACAAAAAGUGAGAAAGAAAGAACAGAAAGGUGCGUGAAAUUCGUUUUGUGUCUCGCGUGCGCGCGCGCGCGAGAGAGAGUGGUGGCGAGUGCGCGCAGGAGGAACAACUCGUGCCGAACGCGUUGAAACCACUCUUCCCUUUCUCCCACUCUCCGACCGCACAGCCGGUCUCCCCUCGCGCGCACGCCUUCGUCCCCCGUCCCGGCCUCCACCAUCCCCCCGCGUCGGCGUCGCCGACGUGCGUUGUUCCCUUCUCGUUCUGUCCGGCGUGCGGCGUCUCCCUUCCGCGCGCCGGUGCCGUUUGACGACCUCUCGCUCCCACCCGCUCUCUUUUCUUCUCUUUCUCCAGACAAGCGGCAGCACGCUGCCCUCGCUCAACUACCUGUUGUGACGUCCAGCGCGCUCGACGCACACCGGGCAAAUCCGCCGUAAAUACCCAGCGUCGUGUCGGCGUUUACUCAGUGUGCUCUCUCCGACCAACCGACGAUCAUUCGCCAUUAAAGGCGAUCGAUCGAAGAGAGAAAGAGAGACGUUUUUUUUUGUUUUUUUUUCUUUCGUCGAGGGAGAUUCGCGCAGAAUUUUGGUCACCGGGGGUGAAGAAGGCGCCCGAUUGUGAAACCGCGAAAGUCUUGUGUAUCGCGGGUUCUGUUCUCCCCUCCACCGCCACGACGAGAGCAACGGCGAGGAAACGAGAAGCGGGAGUGAGACGGCAAGAGAGAGAAAGAGAGAGAGAGCGCGAGCGAGGAGGAUAGCACGCGUCCGUAAGAUGGAGAGAGAGGGAGCGCGCGAGAGAAAGGACUCGAGGAGCGGACUCUUAUCGUGAAGUUAGUCGCGCGCGGCGAACCUUCCGUCCCACCGUUCUCGUCGUCGAAUCUUCCGUUGCUCGCGAGUGUCGAGAGUGACAGUCGCGCACCCGUAACCCCGAGUUCGCCGCCGAUAUUUAGAGCUCCGUUGUCUCGCGACACACGACUGAUGCAUUGCGUCGUGGGACUGGGAGGAGCAAUGCGAUUUCGCGAGUGUUUUUAUUAGGUUAAAUCGUGACUCGUAGUCGCGAACGUAUCUGUGAAUGUGUAUGUGAGACUGUGAACGCACCGCAACGAACGUAGCCGCGUGUCGAAGCGCGCCAAGUUGCGCGGAGUUUUGAAACAUUCGAGGAAUAGGAGCAGCCUCCGGAGAGAGAGAGAGAGAACAGGCCGUGCGACGACGCGCGCACUACCGCGCACCCGGUCACGUGGAUCGGGAAACAAUAGGCGACCGCGUUCAUUGACGAGUGCAUCGCGCCGAUGCCGCGCACGCCGGCGGCAUCGCGUUACGUUAGCGGCUGAAGUUGGCGCGCUUCGCCGUACGUAUGCGCGCGCGACUCCGACGAUCUGUGGUCGAUCCAUCGCAUCGUAAUUGAACAGUGCGCGAAACGACAGAAGGAAGCGUACGUCUUUCGUACUAUUGCGUCGCAACGUAGUGCUUGCUAACGACAAGGAUAAGUGCGUCAUUCUCGAGAGGAGCGUUUGGAGUCUUCGAUCUUGACGGCGGUCAAGCCCGCUCGACCCUUUCCGGGAUCUCGCGAGAGCGUCACACGGGCGGCCAGAUGCUCCCCUGCGCCCGGAAGUCGUCAGGUACGAUCGUCGACACACCAGCAGCGGGGUGGAUGCGGAGGAUGCGCGUCACGCAGACAGCAGCAGCGGUGAAGCCGGUGGUAGAGGACGACGUGGCCGCGCGGUCGACAUCGCGCGUUACAAUCGACCACCUCGGUGGCAAUCAUUGAGAACUGGCUUAUCCUGCGGUGGAUUUAGGGGGCUGUAUGGAGGCCGGGGGGCUCCUGCCCCGUCAGCCCCCACAAGGCGCCCCCGGCACCAUCUCCGUGUGCGCGGGCCAGGGACCGAACGGGCACGCCGGCAACGUUCUCGGCCAAUCCGCGAUCCACGAGCUCAACACUGGUCAGCUGGGCAUAGCCACCCAGCAGCAACUGCACCUGCAGCAGCAGCAUCAACAGCAGCAGCAGCAGCAGCACCAGCACCAGCAGCAGCACCAGCACCAGCAACAGCACCAGCAGCAACAUCAACAACAGCAACAGCAGCAAAUGGGCCAGGCACCCGGCAUGGGUGAGGUGAUCACCCCGAAGAGGCAGGCGGUCGUGGACCGCCUGCGACGAAGAAUCGAGAGCUACCGGCGCAGGCAGACCGACUGCAUCCCUAGGUUCGAUCAGAGUUUCAACGGAUUGUGUGAGCAGAACAUUCAGGACACCCUGGUGUUGAAGCAACGCUUCCUCGAGAGCAAGGCGAAGAGGCAGGCUAAGAAGACGGACAAGAAGCAGAGCGAUCCGAUUGGCCUCUCCAACGUUCACAUGCAGCCGAAAUUCCUCAAGAGGACGACCGAGGAGUUGGAGCCAGCCGGUGGUGCUAGUGGUGAUGGUGGAUUCGGCGAGCCACCGGUCAAGCUGCAAUGCACGCAAGGGCAGCAUCAGCACCAACAGGGUCCGGGCGGCGGUGGUGGUGGCGGGCCCCAUCACGGCCACGGUCAGCAUCAGCCGGGGAACGGCGCGAACUCGACGGGCCAGACGCCUGGUGGCGGUGGUGGCGGUGGCGGUGGUGACGGGAACGAAGGUCUCACCAAGUUCCAGGUGCAGAUCGUACAGCAGCUGGAAUUCACUACCUCGGCAGCGAAUAACUCGCAAGCUCAGGCAAUUUCCACGAAUGUGACAGUAAAAGCGCUGACAAACGCGUCAGUGAAAAGCGAUCUUUUAAACUCCUCAUCGCCGAAGCCCGGUGCGGAAACGUCUGCAUCGGCCGGGCCGAGACCGCAGCCCGGAAACGGCAAUGGUCCCGGAGGUCCUGGCGGGCCCGGCGCUGGUGGUGGUGGCGCCGGUGGCGCCGGCAGUAGCGGUGGAAUCGGUUGCGUUGACAUUGGUAACCUAGUCGAAUGUAAACAGGAACCCGAUAACGAGUUUGUAGAUCUAGAACAGUGCGCCGCGGCACUCGAAAAGGAUGCCGCGGCGAACGGCACUGGGUUCCCCGGUUUCUCCGAAUUCAUAGGCGACGACACCGGCGACGAGAUCAUCACGUCGGACGCGUUCAAGGACCUCAUUUCUGAGAUAUCGGACCUACAUGGGGAGUUUAAGGAAUUCAUGAAAGAAUUUGACUUUGAGGACAAGAGCGUUGACACGCUUGCGAACAAUGCCGCGGCAGCGGCCGCGGCCGCAGCAGCUGCCACCGCCAACAACAAUAACAAUGGCGGUAACAACAACAAUGUGCUACCGACGAAUAACGGACAGAUUAAGAUCGAGGACGACAAGGAUGCGAUCCAUCAACAGCAACAGCAACAGCAGCAGCAGCAGCAGCAGCAACAGCAGCAGCAUGCCAACGGCGCGAACAACGGCGUGAAUAGCAACAACGUCGGCAGUAAUAACGGUAACGCGAUGCCGGCUAACUCGAGUCCGGGCGGUCUCGGUUCUUCGCAGUAUUCGCCCGCACGACUACCUUACUCCGGGCUGGACUUCAAGUCUGAGAUGAGUCCGGCAGCGCAGACGCUCAAGCAGAUGGCCGAGCAGCAUCAGCACAAGAGCCAGCAAUUGGGUCUGGGUGGUUUCAAUCCCACGGCGGCCGCGGCUGCCGCCGCGGCGCGGGGCCCAGCGGCGAGAUCCCCUUACGCCGAGUUUCCUCAAUUCGGUGGCGCUUCCGAUUACCUCGGUAGUCCCGGCAGCACCGGGCCGACCGGUGGACAGAAUCAGGCCACGGUCACGGGGACCGGCUCGUACCACAAGAAUAAUGGUACUCCGACCUUCCAAAGUCAGCAGACCAAUGAUAUGUUUGUCAGCUCGCAAACUCAGUUUGCUGCGGGUCUUACGGAUAUGAAGAGGCCCCAGCCGACCGCGACGGGCGGUAAGCCCGGCAUGCUGGGGCCCAGCGGCGGUUACAAGCAACAAUACUCACCGUAUGGUAGCCCGGGCUCGAUGCCGAAUCACGGUAGUCCGGGAUACCCGUUGCCACCGAGAGGAUCGCAGGGAGGCGGACCUAAUCAGACCGGUUCGCAAGGACCCUUCAACACGACUUCCACGCCGCCGAGACCUCCCUCGGGACCCGGUACUUCCACCUUGCAGAUCAAUCAGGCGCAGCAGCUGCACAUCGGUAACCAGAUACAGGUGUCGGCGGGUCAACACAUGCAGCUCACGGGCGACCUGAAACCGGUCGUAUCCGUUGCGGCGCAGCAGGGCAUGUACUUCAAUCAGCAGCAGACGCAGAAUCAAGCCGGGCCGUCGGCUAAUCAGGCUGACACCUUCUGCUCGGUUUCGCAGUCCCAAACCAUCAAUUUCACUCAGCAGAGUCUGCGGCAGCGGGCGGCGGCCGCGGCCGCCGGUGGAGUGCCGCAGCCGGGCGCCGGCCCGGGGACGCGGGGCCAUCCGCAGCAGGUGCCGCCGGGCCAGGUCGAUCAGCAUCAGCACGCGAAGCUUCUCCAGCAGCAGCAAUUGAUGCGCGCGCAACAGGUAAUGCAGCAACAGCAACAGCAGCAGCAGCAUAUGGCGGGUGGAAUGGGGAGCGUAAGGCCGCCACCGCCUGAAUACAAGGCCGCGGCCCAGGCGCAGAUGAUGCACGCUAGUAUCGGUAUGGGUCAGCAAGCGAGGUUUGCCAAUGCCGGACCCAUGCGCAGAGUUACGCAACAACCUAUGCCGCCGUCGGGUCCGAUGAUGAGGCCGCAAAUGGCGCAACAGCAGCAGCAGCAGGCGUUACAUGCGGCCGGCGGUAAUAUGUACAUGGGCGGCGGCGGAAUGGGCGCUAUUGGCGGCAUGCAUCAGAUGCACCAGCGACUAGGCUACCCGAGAACCAACAAUCAACGGCCGCCCAACGUCAGCGUCGGCCCUCCGGAUGGCCUUGGAAACAGCAUCGCGGGUCGCGGCGCCCAGCAGGAGUGGCGACACGUUCUGAUGCAGCAGCAGCAGCAGGGCUUUCAGGCGCAAAUGCGCUCGCAAUUUAAUCAGCAAAGUCACCAAGGUGCUUUCGGCAUGGGUGGUGCGGGCGGCACGAUGCAAAUGACCGCGGCGCAGAUGCAACAUCAACAGUUAAUCCGCUCGCAAAACGGCGGUAUAGCAGGCUCGGGGAUGGCCAACAGCACGCAGAUGCAGCAGCUGUUGACGCAACAGCACCAACAGCAAACGCUGGCAAUGCAACAGAACAACAAUCAGAUGUCCUUGCAAAUGCAGAUGUCGCAGACAACGUCCGUGAAUUCGGUCAACGUUACCGGGACUGGUUCCCCAUUGCAUCCGCAUCAGCAGUACGGCGCGGGUAGCCCGGGAGUGCGCAGUCUACCGCCACCGCAGCAGCACACUCAGCCGCCACCGCCGACCACUGCCACGGACCCGUCCGUGGCGGCGCCCGACUUUAGCCUGGAAUUCCUGGAGAAUCUUCCUACGGGAGAUACGUCGAACUUCAGCGCCCAAGAGCUGCUUAAUUCUCUCGACUCUACGGCCGGUUUCAAUCUCGAUAUUCUGUAAUGGGGCCACGCCUGCUGUGUGGUUGAUUCGGACGUCGGUGUCUGGCGGUAUGCCGAUUUUACUACAACGGCGAGGGGAGAGUGAGAUAAGCUUCCCCUUAAAGUAUAUACUUGUCGCGACGAUACCGACGAAUUUCAUUUCGUCCGUCCGCAUAUCGAUCUGCUGCUUCCCAUCCAUAGUUUAUCUCGUUGCGUCAAACAAAUCAAUUUAUUUGCCAGUUAUACCUUUGGAAGGGAUUGUCGACCCUUUUCGAUACUGGAAUCCAGUUUUUAACUAGUGAAAAGCAUUAUCUGUAAAUGAAAUGUUUGACUCAAUUGAAUCUUACGAGAAUUAGAACGAUGGAAGUUAAACAAUGUAAGAGAGAAAUUUGACUCUUUCGAGCUUGAUCUUUCAAGGGAAACAGCGCAGAUUGACGAUAUGCAGGUACUUUGUUAUAUGUCGAUGACCGACAAUUGCGAGUGACAGUUACCCACCGGUGCGACAACGUCCCACAACCGGUCGUAGUGCAUUCUCGGCUCACCGCUUGCGGCUGCCGACUAUUCUUCUAGGCAAUCACAUUUUAGUAAAAUUUAAUUUUGUAAUAAUAACCGCCGAGAAGGGCGCGGAAGGUUUAGCCCCGUGGAGAUGUGGUAGCGUGGGAAAUCAAGAGGUACGUGGAAAUCGUUCUAUCGUCUCGUUUUCUCGUCGGGCGACGAUACCGUGUGCAUUGUGGAAGAGAGCGAAACGUCGAGAGAAAGAUCACACAAUUCCUAUUUUCCCCCCGAGUUUUUCGCCCACACCGGCUGAGUUAUGCCGAGAACGAUCGAUAAAAGAUGAUGAGUAAAAUGGCCCGAUUUUGACCUCCUGAGUGGCAAAUAAAAAUGGUAUGUUGUUUUUGUAAUUUUUUAACUACUGAAUUCUGAUUCUAAUCUUUAAAAAUUUUAUUUUGUCGGGAAAAUAUUAAAAUCAGCAUAAAGCUAUUAAAUGUGCAAGAAGACUAUCAUGAGAACGAUAUGUUUAUGAAAGUGUUAAACUAAUAUGAAAUAGCAAAAUAAACAAUAGUAAGUAAAAAUUUAUAUUAGUUUAAAGUGAAUUUUAGUGCUCAAAAAUAUCUUCUUUUUUUGAUAAAUCUUAUAAUAAAAGUCCUUCAAUAAAAUACUGCACUAAAAUACAAAAUACUUUAAGAGAGAUGAACUAAUGAACAAUGAUCUGAGGUAUCAUAGUAAAUAUUUAAAAUAUUUAUCAUUGAUAAUGUCUUUGUUUUCAUGUUUAACACGAAUUAAAUAUGAGAGCAUUAUGAUGUUUUAUUAGCAGGAAAACACAAAUUAAGACAUUCGCAAAGCUGAAUAAUAUUAAUUUAGAUGUUUAAUAAUCUCAUAUAUUGAUUUUAAUAUUUUACUUUCCCAAAUUACAAUUGUUUUGAUAAUCAGAUUUAGCAGUUCAAAACAACAAGGUAACAUUGUUUUUACUGGCCACUCCAGGGGACAGAAUCGGCCCAUUUUAUCCAUCUUUCUCUCCCGAGUGCUCGCGUCGACGACUUCGGCAGCUGCGAUGACUUCGACGGGCAUUCCGCAACACGAUUUUUCCCUCUCUUGAUUUUUCACGUCAAAAUCCGCGCGAAGUAGAUAGAGAUAUUGAUACGGAGGCCGCGAUUAGAGUUUACUCGACUUAACCUACUCGGCCGCGAAAGAAAAAACUGGUUACCUUGCGCCGGCUCGUCGUCACAAAGAACAUCCAAGAUUUCCCUGGACGCGAGCUCGGCCGGGCGUUAAUACUUUUUAAGAAUAAUAAUGUAACAAUGUAACGAUUAUAUUAUAUUAUAUCGUAAUAACGUAAUGAUAUAUCGUUAUAUUAUUACAUUAUUAUGAAAAUAAUAAUGUAGUAACGUAACGAUUAGAGGGUAGCGUAUUUAAUUAUGCCAUUAAUGGCACAUUUACAAUUAACAGCAAGUCAAUUAUCAAUUAUCAGCAUUCAAUUCUAUGAGUUUGCGACGCGCGCAGAUACGAAAUCGCGCGCGCGCUAAUCUGAUCGGUCCGUUUUAUCGGAGAUUCUUAUGAUAAGAGGGAUGAGAAAAAAAAAUGAAGAAACUUCCUCUCUCCUAAACCGCAUUGUUGCAAACGCUAAUGCGUGAUAAAAAGGAUUCUUCAUUGUAUAUAGAUAUUAAAAACUAGAAGAAAUUCGAGGCGUUAAGAUCGCACAGUUUAGCCGAUUAUGUAAGACUAAGAAACCUAAAAUAUAUAUAGAUAAAUAUUAUAAUGGUUAGAGUGAUUAACAAGAUGACGAUGGUAAUAGUGCAGAUGGAAACCGCGUGCACGCGAGAAAUUAUGCGCGACUGAGAGGGAGCGUGUGGUGAGAGAUGUGAAACACGAAUGUAUCACGGCGACAGAGCACAUUUGUACACACAUAUUUAUUAAGUUUUAAUAUACCGAAUGUGCUGUGUCGCGCUAUAUCGAAGCUGCACACAAAUUAUUCAGCAAUGAAGUAGAUUCCAUUUUCGAUCGUGGCGAACUACUCGGUAUUUUAUAAAGGGGGCAAUCGUUUUUCGGGGUUUUGCGCGGAGUGUAUCGUUGAAAUAUCAUUCACCGUUCUUUUCUUUUUCUUAUUUCGACAAAACGGCAAUCUUGUACGCUUUAUUUCGGGGAUAUUUUUUAAAUAAGAAAGAAAUGAGUAACAAGAAAAAUCUUAUGUUGUUCGCAUAUGCGGAACCAUUAACAAUGUAGUUCGAUGCUACAGGGUUGGGAGAGGGGGGAAGAAAGAGAGAAAAGGGAAUCUGCGACUAUUCUUCCAAAUAGCGAUACAUUCCAUAGAUAACAAAAUGAAAAGAAUAGCGAUCUGUGGUUCGUCUAAUCAAAAGUACUGUUUUUAAAAG